AGAAUGCUGAUUAUAUGUUAAAUGAUUGUGAAUUAGAAGAUACUGAUGAUAUGUUAAAUAAUUGUGAAUUAGAAGAUGCUGAUGAUAUUUUAAAUAAUUGUAAACCGGGAGAUGCUGAUGAUAUAUUAAACAAUAGUGAACCGGAAAACUGA